AAAACCCUAAUUUCAGCCACGCAGGUGAGAUUCAAUUCCAGGGGAGGGACCGGCGAGGGAAUCAACAAACGCCAUGGGGAGAAGGCCUGCUAGAUGUUACCGCCAAAUUAAAAACAAGCCCUACCCUAAAUCGCGAUUCUGUCGCGGUGUUCCUGAUCCUAAGAUCAGGAUUUAUGAUGUUGGGAUGAAGAAGAAGGGGGUUGAUGAAUUCCCGUUCUGUGUGCACCUUGUGAGUUGGGAGAAAGAAAAUGUGUCCAGCGAGGCUCUGGAAGCCGCUAGGAUCGCCUGUAACAAGUACAUGGCGAAAUUCGCUGGGAAGGAUGCGUUUCAUUUGAGGGUCAGAGUGCACCCCUUCCAUGUUUUGAGGAUUAACAAGAUGCUUUCGUGUGCCGGGGCUGAUAGGCUCCAAACUGGCAUGAGAGGUGCUUUUGGUAAGCCACAAGGAACCUGUGCACGAGUCGCCAUCGGCCAGGUUCUCCUCUCGGUUCGCUGCAAGGACAGCAACAGCCAGCAUGCUCAGGAGGCGCUUCGUCGCGCCAAGUUCAAGUUCCCGGGGCGUCAGAAGAUCAUUGUUAGCAGGAAGUGGGGAUUCACUAAAUUCAGCCGAGCUGAUUAUCUGAGUUACAAGUCAGAGAACAAGAUUAUGCCAGAUGGUGUUAAUGCGAAGCUUCUUGGAUGCCAUGGGCCUCUAGCAAACCGUCAGCCUGGAAGAGCUUUUCUACCUCAAACUGCCUAAGCUAAGCUAGUUGUUUUCUUUUUUUAAAUUUGUUUGAAAUCAAUGUUGACAUUAUUACCAUGGUCUGUUUGAACGUUGUGAAGCAAAACAAGUUUCCUUUUGAUACUCGAGGAAAACUUUAUUUCUCCUGGUUGUAUGAAUUCUCGAAAUUCUGGCUGUUUUGAUUUAAUAUCGAGUUACUUAAGAACGUUGGAGGUAGCAGGAUAUGGCAAGUUUAUAUUUCACA